CACUGUUUGAUUACAGCGCGUUUUCGGUCCUUUACAACACGCGCGGACAACAUUUGAUGCCUGGCUGUAAUAGCUAAAAAUUAAUUUUAUAAUUUUGUAUACACAUCGUUUUCAAAAACAUCAGCAACAUGGCAACGGCUGAAACCCAGAUCGGUGUGAACCGAAACUUGCAGAAGCAGGACCUAAGCAACUUGGAAAUUAGCAAACUUACACCCCUCUCCCCGGAGGUGAUCUCGCGACAGGCGACCAUCAACAUUGGCACCAUCGGUCAUGUAGCGCACGGCAAAUCGACGGUAGUGAAAGCCAUCUCCGGCGUGCAGACGGUGCGCUUUAAAAACGAGUUGGAGCGCAACAUUACAAUUAAGCUCGAACGCUUAAGCGAAAAGAAAAUCCAAAUACUUUUGAACUCCAAACAGCAGCGACAGCAAUAUGAGAUCAAACAGUUCCAUCGCAUUCGCCAGCUUGCCGAAUUGCGUCACAACAGGCGCAGCUUGCGCAGCUCCAUGCCGGCGCCACCAACGACAACAGAUACGGCUGCGGCUACCAGCCUGCAAAGACGCACUAGUCGCCGGAGUAGCAGCGGCUAUGGCAGUGCCCUGGGUUGCGACGACCAUGACACGGCCCAAUCCGCACUGAAAGGAUCUGCCGAUUUAAAGCGGCGACGAAGCAGCGUCGUGAAUUCUCCAAUCACCCCCGGUUACAAGCGUUCAAAGAACAACGAGGGAUUACCGAUUAAAAAGCCGCCCAAGGGAGAGUACAUUGUCGAGCGCAUUGAGUGCGUCGAGGUGGUCCAGUUGCAGCCCGUUUUCUUUGUCAAAUGGCUGGGCUAUUCCUCCAGAAAGAACACAUGGGAGAGCUUCGACAAUUUAGCCGACUGUGCCAAAAUGGAGGAAUUUGUGGAGCGCCAGAUGCAGCUCUUUGAGAAGUACAUAGCCAUUGUAACCAGUGAACUUGAGGAACAGCUGAAGGCCAUUCCGCCCACGGAGAACGUAUCUGUGGCUGAGAUUGAAGCCUUUGAGCCGCUAACGAUGCAGAUUGACAUUAUACUUCUGGCACAAUACCGGGCGGCCAGCAGUCGAAGCCAACGGGAUCGUGGUAUAAUAGCAGACCGAGCCCUGCGCAGUAUGCAUAUCAAGCGGGCGAAGCUUUUGCGCCGGGAGCAGAUUGUGGAACUCGCUUUGUUUGAGAACAGCAUGAACGCAGUGGAGGGGUCAUCGCCGCCGAUACGCGUUGAGAACAUGGUCGACCUGGAGACUAUAGACAGCAGUUUCGUAUACAUACGAAACAACAUAAUCGGCGAGGGCGUGCCCAAGCCGGAACCGUCACUUUUAGGCUGCAAAUGCACGACCGAUGACGGCGCCGAGGAGUGCACUGCUUCCACAAAGUGCUGUGCCCGCAUGGCCAGCGAGUUAUUUGCCUACGAUCGAAGCACGCGGCGCCUGCGUCUUCGUCCCGGCAGCGCCAUCUUCGAGUGCAAUAGUCGAUGCUCCUGCGGCCCGAGCUGCUCCAACCGUGUGGUGCAGCACGGACGCCAGCAUCCGCUGGUUCUGUUCAAGACCAGCAACGGUAGCGGCUGGGGGGUGCGCACACCGGUCGCACUCCGCAAGGGAGAGUUUGUGUGCGAGUACAUAGGUGAGAUCAUUACCAGCGACGAGGCCAACGAGCGCGGAAAGGCGUAUGAUGACAAGGGCAGGACCUAUCUCUUCGACCUCGACUACAAUACGGCCCAGGAGAGCGAGUUUACCAUCGAUGCUGCCAACUACGGCAAUGUCUCGCACUUUAUCAACCACUCAUGCGACCCCAAUCUGGCGGUGUUUCCGUGCUGGAUUGAGCACUUAAAUGUGGCCCUACCCCACCUUGUAUUUUUCACGCUGCGUCAAAUCCGAGCUGGCGAGGAGUUGAGCUUCGACUACAUUCGGGCGGACAACGAAGACGUGCCCUAUGAGAACCUAUCGACGGCUGCGCGCGUCGAGUGUCGCUGUGGAGCGGACAAUUGCCGGAAGGUCCUUUUUUAAGGAUCGAACUGGACAUUCCUUAAAUACAUCUUCUUAGAUUGUGCACUGCCCCAUCGUAUUGUAUUUUCUUUUUAAU